AUGGGCUCAACUUUCCGUUCCCCUCAUAUUGUCAAGGCCGAGGGCAUCCCUUACUUCACCCCCGCCAACAAUGGCGGUGCUGCCUUGAACCCAGACGAUCCCAAUACGCCAACGCUGUUUCGCCCAUUACAGAUUCGUGAUGUGAGCUUGAAGAAUCGCAUUAUGGUCGCGCCCAUGUGCACUUACUCCACGGAGUCAAACCCGAGCUCCCCUGCGGUCGGGGCGCUGACCGACUUCCACAUUGCCCAUCUCGGCCAUUUCGCUGCCAAGGGCGUAGGCCUGGUCAUUAUCGAAGCAUCCGCUGUCCAGCCGAAUGGCCGAAUCUCCCCCAACGACUCUGGUCUAUGGCAAGAAGGGACAGAAUCUGAACAGUUCAAGGGUCUUCGUCGGGUGACUGACUUCAUACAUAGUCAAGGCGCCAAGGUCGGCAUUCAACUUGCUCACGCCGGUCGGAAAGCGAGUACGGUUGCUCCCUGGUUGUCCUCUGAGGGGAAGAGAAGUAGCAUCAAAGCCGACGAAAGUGUCGGGGGCUGGCCAUCAAAUGUGGUCGGGCCGUCCGGGGGUGAAGAGCAUAUCUGGGCGCCGGGCGAUGUGAAGUAUUGGCCACCUCGAGAGCUCAGCACCGCAGAAGUCGAAGAGGUCGUGCGAGCUUUUGGGAGAAGUGCCAAGCUAGCCGUUCAAGCUGGUGUGGACCUGAUCGAAAUUCAUGCCGCGCACGGCUACUUGAUUCAUGAGUUCCUGAGCCCCGUUACCAAUCGCCGUACCGACAAAUACGGCGGCAGCUUCGAGAACCGAAUCCGCCUCGUUCAAGAAGUCGCGGCCGCCAUUCGAGCUGCUGUCCCAGCCGGCACCCCAUUGUUCCUCCGCAUCAGCGCAACAGAGUGGCUAGAGGAACAAUCGGUCGCCGCGCAGACUGGCAGCUGGGACAUGCCAUCCUCGAUCCGACUGGCAAAGCUACUCCCGGAGUUGGAGGUGGAUCUUUUGGACGUGAGCUCAGGCGGGAAUCACAAAGAUCAGAGGCUUCAACCCCAUACAAACUACCAAAUUGACCUGGCGGGUGAGCUGCGCAAGGCGAUCCGUGGAGCCGGUCAGACGACAUUGGUGGGAGCCGUCGGUUUUAUCACGGAGGCCGACGCCGCCCGGCACAUUGUGCAGGGCGCGGAUGAAGCCCUGGCCACCGAGUCUGUUCUUUCGGGCCAGGAGCCUAAAGCGGACGCAGUCUUGAUGGCCCGUCAAUUCCUCCGCGAGCCCGAAUGGGUGUACAACGCGGCCAAGCAGCUCAAGGUUCCCAUUUCGGUGGCAUGGCAGUUCGCUCGCGGCGUGCUUUGA